AUGGAUGUAAAGUUAGAUUCCUUUGAAAAUGACAACCGACAACUGAGUACAAAAUAUAAGGAAUUGGAGGACGCGUUUGUGGAUAGGAAUUUCAAACAUGAAGUAUUUAUCAAACAAACAUUAGUGUCAUCCUCAGCAAUAUUGGGAAUUUUUCCUCAAUUUAAAGUAAGACUAAACAAGGAGUUCAGAGGCCUGACGAGCAGCACGUACAAAGAUGACGAGUUUCAACUGAUAUCUGCUCCAACAGAAGACUCUCAAGCUGAUGUUUUCGACGAAAUGGACAUUCUCGAAGAGUUUGACCAUAAUGAAACAAACACAACAGAUUACAAUUUCGAUCGUGCUAUCUACAACGAUGUAAAUGUAUUGGUCAAGCACCUGUCCCUAGUUGUCGACGAUAUAGAAUACAAAUUGAAAGCACCGGUGAGGUCUUUUUGCCGGGUUCGUGCCGGUGUUGCACAAGAAGAAGACCAUCUCGCCAUUACAUUAACAUCUGGGUUCUUACUUCUUUUGCGUGUAUAUCACAUUCCAAGACAAGUUAGUGAUUCAGACUACAGUUAUAACCAUCAUUGCAGCUGUCACCAAAAUCACCAUCACUAUUGUGAUAUCUGCGAUAAGAGAAACAUGCAUUUGGUGUUUAAACCCUUUAUCAUCCAAUGGUGGAACUUGGUAUCCAAGGGCAAGAGCCACAUAGAUCUACAAACUAGUGGAUUUGACUUGAAAUCAACGAUUCUGGGCAGUGCCACUGUUUCGCUUUCUGCAUCCGACUCUUUCAGAUUAUAUGCAACAGCCAAACAGUCACUGAGUGGGAUUGUGUUUGAAAGUCAUUUAAACGUUGCACUAGGUGGAUCCUUGAUUGAUUCAUGCUUUUUGGAGCCACGAUAUGCAGCACAAACGGAUAUGUUCUUAACACUUGUGUUUACAGAGCAAAGGCGGUUAUUUAUAAACUUGUAUUCAUGGUCUAAUUUUUAUGGACCCAAGCGCGGGAUUGAUAAAACAACAUUACCAUUACGGAAUACUUUUGAAAUUCCUGUCUUCAUUGCACCAUUAAACAACAACGGGUCUUUCUUGUUUGUAUCUCCGACAAAUUUGUUGAUUCUUACAGUUCAUGAUAUAAUUUCAGCUGAACACGUAUUCAAAUCAAAAGGAGCCCCAUGGACAUCAUUUCCAACCUCUUUUUACGUUCCAGAAUCGAGAGUUUUUAUGUCAAAAAACACAAAUUUGGAUGUUAAAUUGGGUUCUAAUUCAAAUCCAACCAACACAAACAUGAACAUGAACCAAAGUUUGGAUGAAGUGAUAAUUGCAACAAAAGAUGGAAUAUUGUACUCCGUAGUGGUUGCUGAUAAUGAUUUUGUCUCCAUACAGCCAAUAUUUAAAGUUACAAAUGCUAUAUCAAGCUUUACAUUUGAAGCCUCGAACAAUGCAAAACUUUAUAUUUUGUCAUUCGCAAGCAUCGGUGGUGGAGGCAAGAUCCUAAGACUUUGUGAAAAACAUGAAAAAAAGGAGAGCAAGGAGAACAAGGAGAAAAAUUUUGCUGAUGAUGAUAAUGAUUAUAAUGAUGAUAAAGAUAAUGAAAAUGAUGAUGGUGAUGGUGACGAUGGUGACGAUGGAGAUGGCGAUAAGAAAAGAGCUGAUUCAAAAAGCUACAAAUUUGACAUUCACAGCACAAUAGAAAAUUAUGAUGCAUGGGCACCCGUAGUAGAUUGUGUUAUGGUUCCUCUGCAACAAGCGAAGAACUCGACUCUACCUGAAUGUGAUGAACUUUGGGCUCUUGUUGGAUUAAAUCGCAAGCGCUCGCUCUCACAAAUUCAUGAUGGUUAUACUGGCCGCAAGCUUAGAAGCACUUAUACCGACUGGAGAAAAGCAAGAAAGACAUGGCUGGUGAUAUUAAAUAACACAUAUUACAUCUUUUGUCUGUUGCCUUUUCAAACCAUUUUGCUUGAGCUUGAUGAAAGUGACAAAAUCGACCCAGUAAUGGAAAUACAAGAUCCAUUAAUUGGAAUUACUUCAGAUACAGUAUUUGUAUCGACAAUGGGCUUUGGGGACGAUGAGAUGGUAAUACAGAUCUCAUCCAAUUCCAUAAUAUUGAGUAAUCUAUUUGACACGUUCUUACAACAAGGAGUUGAUUACACUAUCCUAUUUGCCGAAGUUAUAGGCCGCAUCUUGGUACUUGUGGGAGAAUCAAACGAAGGACGUGCAACUCUUUAUGCAUACAUUAUUGCUGACCCAAACGAGAAACUGGAAUUGGAAAUCAAUACCAAUACCGAUACCGAUACCAAUGUUGAUGAUAUUUUUAUCCUUUGGACUACGAUUCAUCUAGAUUCUAAUCCUUCUAUGCUUAAAUCUUACCGCAACAAAGAUAGUAUGGGAUUUGUUUUAGGAACGUAUGCAGGGACUUUAGAGUUUUACAAUAUUGAUAAAAACUCGAUCUCUCUUGGCAAUAUUGUACAUUUGAAACUGUUUGGCGAUUCCUCGCAUCAGUGUGAUAACAUUUCAAGGGAAUUUUUCAUUCCUAAUGAUUUCGUUCAGAACAAUAAUGACCUUGUUUUAGUUGGAAUGCAAAAUGGAUUUGUAUUUUGUUUUGACAAUAGUCAAAAAAAACCUGUGUAUCAAAAUUUUUGGAAAAUUGGCGAACAAAGUGUUUUGUUCCUCAAAGUGGACUUGAAUAUAACAUUUAUUGCUUGUGGGUCGUUAUUUUUGUACGAUCCUCAGGUUGGUAAGUAUCCGCAAAAAGUCAACUUUAACGAACUCCAACCUAGAACCAUUGGAUCGAUGCUAUAUAUGCGAAACACGUCUGUCACUAACAAGAGGUGCCGACUUGCAUUGUUUAGAAAUAACGGACUCGUCUUGACAGAAGUCUCUAUGUAUAAAAGGUUCUCGACGAAAAGUAUUAGAGUUUCAGAAAAUUCAACAAAAGUUCAGUUCUUACCUGCACUUUCAUUAUUUGCCAUUUUUUGCACCUCCAACACAUCCUUGAAAAAAGUAAAUUUUGUUGAUAAAAAAACACUACGAAUUGUCAAGCAUGUCGAAGAAAUUCAUUUUUCCAAAAGAAGAAGUAGGAGCAGCCAUGUUGAUCUGGUGUUUAAGCCGGAUGAGAAGCUUCUUAGUUUCUGUGUAUGGGAGAUUGAACGUAACAACAAAAUAACGCACAAGUAUCUUGUAGGUACUGCUUGCGUUGAUAAUGAAUCGAUGAAACCUAUAGGUUAUGUAAGGGUUUUGGACAUAAAGAGAAAUCGAUUAAACAAAGAGCAAAGUAGUCAGUUGAUAUUAUCUGAGUUGACCUUGUUUGAGCAUUCUUGUCCGGUGCAAUAUAUUCGGCAAUGGCGAGGUCAAAUUCUUUUUGCCGGUGACUCUUCAAUAUGGUGUACUUCAUAUGACGAAACUUUAAAAAAAUUCACCACUCCAAUUCUUCAUAGUGUGUUUCCAAGUGAAAUCACAAACUUUCAUGUGCAAAACGAUAUCGGUUUGGUUUGUACGAGUACUGACUCGAUUUUCCAAAUUUCUUUAGAGCUGAUGGAAACUAUUGCGGUUAGAAAUGACACAAUCUUGAAGCCAUAUGUGGAUCAAUUGAAUUACAAGACUGCUCUUGUUGGGAGCAACAAGCUAACCGGUGAGAUAUCCAUAAUGCAAAAUGGUCAUAUUGCAUCGUCAUCAUCAUCAUCAUUACCAUUAUUACCAUUAUCAUUUUCAUCGUCGCUGGCGAUGGGCAUCAGCCAUAAGCAAAGAACCUUUAAUUCUAAUAUGAAUCUUAAGAUCCCCGGUAUUGCAAAACUUUUUGCUGCAAAAUUGAACAAUCCGUGGAUAGCAAAGGAAAUUGGAAAUCAGAUGCUGAAAUCCGACGAGGACAUAACAAUAUUGUGUAUCACUGUAAGUGGAUCGGUCAUUGCAUUACGAUCCGUCAAGGAAGAUUGUAAAGAGUUGCAAUUAAUCACCCAGAGUUUAAAGAAUAAAGGGAAUUCAUUUGAAAUACUGAUUGAAGAAUAUUUGCAAAAAUUAGAUCGUCCAUUAAAAGGGAAGUUGGCAGGAACUGGCUUGUACUCGUUAAACAAGCCUUAUUUUGAGUUUGUUAGAAAUUACAAACUUGAAGAUGAAACUAUUGAACAGAAAAAAGAGAGAAAAAAUAUUGUUCUUGAUUAUGAUUUGGAUGAGGUAUCAACAGUAGCAUUUUCUAAAAUUAGUCUAUAA